AUGUCUCAACCAGUCCAAGGAUAUACGCAUAACGGACCCGUCGACUGUUCCUUGCCUUUCGACACUAAGGAUUUAAAUGGAAAGACAGCAAUCGUCACCGGAGGUGCCAAUGGUCUCGGUGAAGGCUACGUUCGCGCCCUCGUUGCUAAAGGAGUCAAUGUGUGUAUCGCAGAUCUGAAUGAAGAAAAAGGAAAGAAACUAGAAGCAGAACUAAACGGCACGAAAUACAUCCAAUGCAACACUAGCAUCUGGGAAGACCAAGUGCAUCUCUUCCGCGAAGCCGUCUCCUUUUCACCGACAGGAAAAAUUCACUAUGUCGUCGCCAAUGCAGGAAUCCACCGACCAGAUGAAGUCUUCCUGUACUCCGGCGACGACCAAGAACCACAAAAGCCGGAUCUAAGCACCAUCGACGUGAACAUCCAAGGCACAUUAUACACAGCCAAAUUAGCCUCACACUUCUUCAUCAAACAGAACGGACAGAAGCCCUCCCCAGAGCAAGAGGAUACAUGUUUGGUUCUCAUUGGAUCUGGUGCAGCCUUCCUCGACUGCCCUCGCGCGCCUCAGUACUGUGCCAGUAAAUGGGCGAUGCGAGGUAUUAUGCAUUCUCUCCGUCGGACGGCGUUCUAUUACGGGAGUCGAGUAAAUAUCAUCUCCCCAUGGUAUGUGAAAACAAACAUUCUCUCUGAGGAAGCAUUUGCCCAUGUUUCUAGUCUGGGGGUGGUAUUAGCCACGGUCGAAGAUGCUGGACAGUGUCUCUUGCGGAUUCUUAGCGAUACGGGUAUCAAUGGACAUUCUAUCUUCGUUUCAGGGAGGAAAUGGGCUGCUCAGGGCUAUAUGGACUUAGACCUAGAGGAUUAUGCGGGCAAUGCGCUGAUUCAGGAAAUUCAGGAGGAUCAAGUGAAAUCGGCGCCGGCAGAGCUGGGAUUGUUUGUGUGA